AUGGGUCCGCUGAAGCGCCCAGCCCCAGAAACUGCUGCCUUGGAGGAGACUGAGCUGUUUCUCAAGGCGAAGAAGUUUGCAAGUGAUGGCCGCAUUUCACAUUCGGAGGCGAAGGAGCUGUGGGCAGAUGGACACCUUUCACCCCAGGAACUGGAAGUCUUGCGACAUAUCACCCGUACCUUCCACUUUACCUACAAAGCAAUGGCCUGGAUACAGCCGCUACUGCACAGUCCGAAGAAGACAAGCUACUACCGCCAGGUGCAUGGACAGCGAUAUGACAGAGAGCUGCUGGAAAUGGCAGAACGCUUUGUAAAGGAUGGUCAGAUCUCGUAUGCAGAAGCGCACAGCCUUUGGCAGUCAUCUCAAGAUGGGAAAGGAGUGACAGAGGUUGAACGGAAGACGCUGCAGUAUACGUUGGAUCAUAUGAAGUACACCACGAAGGCUGCAGCGUUCCUUCGUCUAAAGCUGGAUGAAGGAAAGGUUCCAAAGGGUGUCAGGAAGUCCAGCCUUGCAUCCAAAGAAGGUGCAAAGGUGAAAAAGCUGAAGAAGGCCGACUCCAAAGAGGAUGCAAAGCGCAAGAAGGAGGCCAAGCAGAAGGUGCUCAUCAAAUGGAAGUGGGUCAAAAGACCACAUUCCGGAUUUCCAGCAUUCCCAGUAGUAAUGCCCAGGAAGUCACACCGCUUCUCUCUGGUGGUGUGUCAUCCAAUGGGCUGCUACUCCACCUUCUUUCUUGGUCCAGAGGGUCUGGUGAAGGAUCUCCUUGCACAGAGCAAGACGAUUCGUGACUACUGCAAAAUCCUUUGCCCUGGUGCUCGUCACAUUGAAUGGGGCAAGCAAUGGUUCAGAUACAGGAGCAACAGAGGAGGCACACGCCAAUGCCACGCUGAAAUCAUCUCCACACGUGAUCUGCAACGUGCUGUCGACUUUGUUUCUGGUGUAGUGGCUUCCGAGGUUACGACACUGGGGGCUGCUGACCGUGUACUUUUGGGAGGCUAUUCUCAAGGCGGAUGCAUCAGCCUGGCUGUUGGCUUGGCUUUGCCCUAUGACUUGGGCCUGAUCAUCUCCCAACGAGGGAUGCUCAUGAAGCAAAC